AUGUCGGCAGCCACAUUCCAAAACGCACACCGACUUCACGUGCAAUCCUUGUACAAGCGUUCGCUCAAGUUAUCUCUCGACUGGUACAUUCAACGCGAUUUGUGGCGCCAAAAAGCGCUUGACAUUCGUGCUCAAUUCGAACGCAACAAGCAUGUCACCAACCCCAAAGAACUGCAACUUUUGUUGAAGAAUACCGAAAAGGAGCUUCAAGCUUGGGCUCACCCUGAUCCUUACAAACUGUACUUGGGCCCCGAAGGUACCAAGUGGGAACGUAACCUUCCUCCUCUUGUGCCCGAUUCGCACCAUUAG